GCCAUAUAUUAUACAUGAAAAGUUUAAUAUGGCUUCAAGCCUAAUUUGAUGAUUUUUCGAUAGAAUCAAGACCAUAAAUAUAUGUUACUUUUCUUAAUUAUAUUAUCCAUCAACAACAUUGCGCUUGCGCUAGGGCAUAUUUAAGGAAGCACUGCCUGUAAGUCAUGCAGUUGUGAACAGAGACGGCGUGAGGUGAAACAAAAUACAGUGUUAAUAUCUCAAUUUUCUUACCAAAGAAUCGUCAUAACAGUUUUCUGAGCUAUCUCUGGACGGCGAACGACAUUGUAGAUGGCAGGGGUUGUUCUCGAAACACUUAGUUGGAAGAAACUCAUUGCACUUAGCAUUGUAUUGUUGAUAUGUCAGAUUGGUUUCUUCUUGAUUGGAGGGAAGAUAGCACCGUCACCCCAUCAUGUGCAGCAGUUACUUGCCACCAAGUGUAUAGAUGAGCACAAACAUGGCGGCCAUAACCACAAACACAAGUUAUUUUGGCCUCGGGGAGCGGGAAGCUGCACUUCAGUCAGCACCUUUGAAGACCAAAAGAUUGAAGAAGAUGAGAUUGGGGCCAACCAGAUUGUGUUUGCUUUUCAAUUUCCAAUCCCAAGAGAAGGAAAAGAAUUAAAAAUGAAUAAAUGGUUUCAAUAUAUGAUUGCUGUAUUGGGCUUUGAGAUCAAAUACAAAGAAAACAAUCCCAUGGUGGAAAAUGCUGUGAUAGAUAUGGAUUCCAGAAUAGCAGCCAGAAGUGGAAAUAGUGAUUGGAUUGAAAUAGCCAGAUCCAAUGAGCAGAGAAAACUUGAUUGUCACCUUGGUGAGAAGAAAGAAAAUGAUUACUAUGACUGCAAUAUGACUGCCUUCUUUGAGCUGGGCAGUGUAUAUUAUGAAGACUAUUUGGUGAACAUCCGCAUACCAGUUCAUAACAAUUCUGCAAAGAACUGGGGCAUUGGAAAGGUGGAAGAUAUUUGGAUGCAUGUAAUUCACCAAACAGGAGGUUUCACUCAAGUCUGGUUUAUCAUGAAGACCUGUGUGUUCCCAGUUGUGUUGGGUAUAAUGAUCUGGUACUGGAGACGGAUUCAGCAAUUGCCUAGGCUACCAAACCUUUUGGAAAAGAUACUCUUUACACUGGGUCUUGCUCUCACUUUCUUGAACCUCCCUAUUGAGUGGUUGACCUUGGCAUUCAACAUCCCCUUUAUGUCUUUGCUGUCAGACAUCAGACAGGGUAUCUUCUACUCUGUUCUUAUGGCAUUCUGGAUCAUCUUCCUUGGAGAGCACAUGCUGGAUGACUAUGAGAGGAACCGGCUGGUGAUGUACUGGAAGCACUUGAGUGCUGUCAUCCUUGGAUGUAUUUGCCUUUUCAUCUUUGAACUGUGUGAAAAAGGUGUCCAGCUGGCCAACCCUUUCUACAGCAUCUGGGUGACUGACACGGGAACUAAGUUGGGUCUUGCUUUCAUUUGCCUUGCUGGAAUAGCUGCUUGUGUUUACUUCUUGUUCAUGCUGUACAUGCUGGUCAUGGUGUUUAUUAACAUGAGAAGAAAGUCAACAUCACUUCUACACUUCAGUAGCAGCAGAAGGAAAUAUUACCAGGGCCUGAUCUUCAGAUUCCGCUUCCUCUUGCUGGUAACAGUUUUUUGUGCUGCCUUGACAGUGAUUUUCUUUAUUAUCAGUCAAAUCAGUGAGGCUCAGUGGAAAUGGGGAGAUGAGGGAGUCUCACUGGAGUACACUAGUGCUUUCUUCACAGGAGUAUAUGGAAUGUGGAAUGUCUAUGUGUUCAGCCUCAUGGUGCUCUAUGCACCAUCCCACAAAGUUAUAACAUCAGCUGGAGGAGAAGAUGAAGAUGAGGAUGAAGAUGUCAUCCACCUGACUCCACUUACGUCUGAGGCCUCCACAUCUUCUGCCCUGGCCUCUCUGGCAAGGAAGGCCACUGUUGAUUAGGUGGACAGGAAGAUGCAUUAAUCAUAAGGCACACUGGAUGUUAGAGACUGAUAGGAAUAUUGGAACCAAGAUCUGUGUCAUACUUGCAUUAUAAACAUAACAUUGCUGACACUUUUAUAUAUAUUAUGAUAUUUCAUUUAUUCACAGAGUGGGUGUCUUCACUCUGGCAUUUAAAUGAGCUGCAGUAUUUUAAUUCACUAUGCCAGUUAUAUUUAUCAUGCCAUGUCAUGCCUGCUCAGCAAGGUUUCUAGUACCAUAGUAUUAUAUUAUAUUGUAUAACAAGACACUGUUUAAUGUGAGAGAAAAAUAAGAAAUCCUCUAAUUCUGUUAAUCCCACCAAAUAUGUAUUAAGGUUAUGGUGCUAUAGCAUCCCAACGCUGUUGUCCACGUUGUCUAAAAUGUAUUAUAUUUUAUGAAGAGAAGAUGUUCAAGGAUGUUUAUGAAAAUCAAUAGGCAAACAACCAGCUUGAAAUUUCAUGUAUCACACUUGUGCGUAAGAAAGGUGACUCAGUAUGGACUCUUUCCUAAUAUAGUUAAUCAUUGCUUCAUUUAAAUAACUGCAUCUAUAUUUAAGUGUGUAGAAAAACCAUUUGGUUAUUUUGUACAAAUGUUUUCCAUUCAAAUUCCAUGACAUUUUUAUCAAAUGACAAUUUAGUUGCGUGUUAUUAGCUAAAAUAGUUUCUUGAUAUUUGUGUGAUAUUUAUUUCAGUAGAAUGUGCAAUAUUUUACCUGCAGUAGUGUGUAGUUUUUUUAAAGAUUAGGCCAACGAAAUGUACUUAAUGUUUUAAAAUGCCUGUAGGGCGUUUCCAAAGAUUUACUUUACAGAAUCUUGAGGAAGGAUUUAUUCUUUGGAAGCUUUUUAUUUAGAGAACAAUAAAUACUUUUGAACAAAUA